GACUAAGUCAUAGACUAGAAUAUUAUAACAUACCUCACGUUUUCUGAUUGUAUUUAUUUAGAACUAUUUCAACAAAUUCUUAGUGAAAUUGCAUAAAUAUAUACCAAAAUAAAAUGCAGGAAGAAAAAGAAUCUAAAGUAUGCUCCCCGCGGUGUGGGCGCGCGGCGCAGCGCUGGCGGCGUCACCGGGAGAGGGUCGACAUGCUGGCCCGGCCCAACCCGCGCCGCCUGCGCUGUCUGUGGGACGAGGCGUGCCACGCACUGCCGCUUGACAGGAGAGACAAGAUCAAGAGCGCUUUGGAGGAAGAUUACUUUUUAAGUCCUGAACAAACGGAGCAAUACUUCCAGUCUCUCCAGAAGAGCCAGAAGCCUUGCGGCGGCGGCGGCGGCGGCGGCAGUGGCGGCGGCGUGCUAUACGACCGCAAGGAACAGGCGGAGCGACAGAAACACCUGAAGCAGAGGCAGAAGUGGCUCAUCGACUUUAGCGCUCAGGUUGCUUACCGUAUGUGCGACUACGUGGCGAAGGGGCAGAAGGAGCUGCUGGUGUCCAACCGGCUGCGGAGCAUCGCCGACGUAGUGCUGGAGCGGGUCGCUCAAGUAUUGGGAGAGCCGAAGCCAUCACGUGCACACCCCGGCCGCCUGCAACGCUUCAUGGUCGCCAUUUCCGACCGUAUCGCCGUAUGGAUAGAGAACGCCGUCUACCAAGCUGAUGAGGCUUUAGAAGAGGACUCUAAGUGCGACGACCACAUGAGCCUGGACUCGGGGAAAGCACACUGAUGUCCUGUUGAUUCCUGCGCGCCUGGUACCUGUGUCCGUGUUCUUCUUCCUGGUCUGCGUGGCGGUGGCGGCGGCGGCCCCGCAGUGGGUGGCGGGCUGGCCUGGCUACCUCGGCCACGGCCUGGUGGCUCCACUCGGCGCCAGGACUCUGGUGGCCGGGCCAACCGUAGUCAACGG